AUGACGAAAUCUAAAUCUAAGAGCAAGAAAAGCGAAAAGGGGAAGGAGGUCAACAAUUCUGCCAACGCUGGCGACAGCAGAGUGAGUAAAACGUGUGAGGUUUGCUUACGAAUUCGGUGGAAGCGAUUUCUUUUUAAAGCCGCCAUUUUGUAUGAGAUUUUAGGUCUCAAAACCUACGGACAAAUGAAUUCAGUUAAUCUCUUGUGGGUGGAAAGGGAGUUAAGCAUUUCGUGACAAGUAUAGCUAAUAACAUGAUCUUGUAGCGCGUCGUAAGCAUUUAAUUCCAUUUUGAACUCGAUGAAUACAACGGUUAUUCAAAGAAAUAACUGAUUGAUUUCCGGUUUCAGCCCCCUAGCGCUUGUGACAUACGUCCUCCUACUCCGGCUGUUGUGCAAAGUCCGGUGACCCCAAGCUCCAGACUUCCAAAGCCAUGGUUUCAGAGCGAAAUUCUUAAUAUGAUGUAAGUAAAGAGAGAAAAGUUAUUUGGGAUUGGUGUUAUAAUCCUUCUUCUGCCAUGAAUAAGACAAGUGUCUCAACUCGAAGGAAAUUCAGUCUGUUCAAGCGACAAUGACCUCGAAGCCGAGAUAAUUGUUUAGUAGCCGUGUCUUAGUUGAAGUUUAAACCGAUGUAGAUUCGAUAAUGACCUAUCUAUACAACCACACGUCGAAAACAAUGCUCUCGGUUUACAAACACAUCAUCGUUGGAGGUCGAACACUUCGCGUGUUUAUGAUCGCAUUAAGAAGUUGAUCUUCUGCAUAUCGGUCGGCUUUGCUGCUGUGUGUGUAUGACUACGAUGCGGUUCGUUUGUCGCACGUUUUUGUAUCGUGUGCGAAAAAGGCUGCCGAAAAUGUGCCGAAUUGUUUGAUAGUGGCGCAUUACACGGCGGUUUUGUCACGAUUUCCUGAGGCCAAUUGUGUAGUUGAAUAAUAGCCUUUUCUCGUGUAAUACUCCGCGACGCGAUUUUUGACAGGUCGAUGAUAAUAAGAAGCCCUUAGGCCAGGAAGUGUAGUGGCCUCGAGAGAGGUUACACAAUUGACAAAAUAUUUUUCCCACGAAGAAGCCGCAAAGCGUUUAUGACAAGUGUGAUUAACACCACAAUAAUAUCGUCGCGGUUUUACAGAGAAUAGAGGUUAUCGGCAAAAGCACCUUUUUAUGUGAGAACACAAUUGCGUGAGAAAGGUACUGUUUACUAAAUCAAUGAGCUGAUUCGUGCAAUUAGGGCCACGUGUAGAGGGGCACAAUUUAAACGCCGCUAAAAAAUUCCAAGGAGCAAUUUCACUCGGCGUUAUUGUCUGUUUCCGAGUUUGAAUGUUAUCUCUUUAUCGCUCUUGAAGCGGGCCAAGUGCUUCUCCAUGCUUCUUAUCAACUGCGCUAGGUCGAAGGCUCUCCUGUUUGUUGACAAAUGACGCAAAUCUCGUGAAACAUGUAAAUUGAGGUCUAUUAGAGAGUAAUUUUAACUGCGAGUAUAUUUUUAGCCCUCUUAAUACAGUGUUUGCGGAUGAACAAAAGCAAAUUUGCGGUAAGGUCAUUGUUGACCAAUUACUCUUUGUUGCUCAAAUAACUAAGUGACCUCGCUGAUGUUAAAACGUCGGUUUUUGAAAGAAUUAAGUCUGUGUAUUUUUAGUUCUUGAAGUAUAGCCUUAAGUUCACACGUUAAUAAGUUCAUUAGGACGAAGUUGUAAAUGAUAGAUUGUUAUGACAAAUGAGCACAUGCUCAAUAUCAUGGACAUGCGAAUGUUGUCCACUAAAGAAAUCUUUGUUACAAGGAAAACAGAAUAUUUUUCAUUAGACUAACUACAUAACAUACAAGGUGUUGCCAACUUGCCAAAUCCCUUAGUCCAGGGUGUCUCAUGAACUAAAUUUUAUGCUUGGCUUAUUUUUUAAACAAAUUCCAAAAAGAUAAUGAAAAUUUAAAAUAGUCCUGCUGUGUUACACAAUCAGCCAAACUUUUCAAUGAUAUGUUUUCAGUGAAAGUCAACUGGAGUUUUCUACGAAGUUGUUGGGGGUGUUUCAUAUGACAUGAACUUCUGUUUGACAUAAGGAUAAUGAAACAAAUUACCAUAAAGAUCACCCAGGCUAUUAGAAAACUAGCCUGGUUUUUUUUGUAUUUUAUGACGUCUUUAAAGUAGUGUUUGGAAUUCAUUUUUAGUGAUAACUAUUUUUGUGGACAGGUGUGCAUGCAAUCAAGAGAACAGCUUUUAUUUUAAUGUUUUUGGUCCUUUAAAAUGAGUGUUUGGUCCUUCAAAGGUUUUCCUGAAUAAACCAUGGCAGUGGUUUGGUGUUAACCAUAAUUUUCUCAAAUUUGAGGUUAACCUUUGUGGUGUUUGCACUUUUCAUCAUACUACCAAUAUCUAAAUAUUUAAUUGCUGUUAAUUAGUAAACAUUUGAUAAAGUAAAGCAUUACAGCAAAAAUUUAAAGGCCAAGGCGUAAAAACAUUUUUUGAUUCUUCAAACCAAUACCAUGAUAAUUCUAUCCAUGUGAAAUCUGAUAGUUGUUUUCUUAUGCUUGCUGAAAAACUGCUGUGUGUUGUUAUGACACCACUCAUGAAUAAAGAAAGAACUCUUAUUGGUUGGUAUGACAAAAAAAAAACACUUCUGAGUAGAAGUGGCUAUAAACUUAAAGCCAAUAAGAAUUGGAACAGAUUACUUGUAUACCUUUGCUUGAGAAUCCUGAUUUACUAUCCACUGAAAAACUCCCUAGAGAAGUGUUAAUCUUAUAUCUGUGACAAUCAAGCAGAGAGGGUUUCCUAUUUUGUUGUGGGAGUAGUUUGUAGAUUGAUUUCUUAAUUGCUGAGGUACCAAACAGGUUAAUUUGCAAAGGUUGAUCCUCUUUAAGCUGUCUUUUCUCUUGUUAGAAGUCAUAAAUACAAUAACAUGUGGGAUUGGCAGCAAAUGUGUAAGAUAGCAAGCAAAUAAUCUUGAGCAUGUGCAAAUGACCUUCUUAAUGACAGUGAAUAAGUGAGGUGUGCUUAACAGGAUAGCAGGGGAAGAAGAGUGGGGAAGUUGGGCUUACUCUGUAAAAUGUUGAGACCCUCUUAUCACUGCUUUUCAUGGUAACAACAGGUAUUGCCAUCUAUCCCAGGACAAAGGUCUCAUCAUUGUAGGUGGCCUUGGUCAAAGGUUUUUUUAAAUUAGAUUAUGAACAAUAUGGCAUGGUAAUGAGAGAUCAGCUUUCACUCAUAGAAAUCAAGAGCUAGCAAUCCUAUCAUUUUAGUUUAAAUCUACUACUUGUUCAAAAUUUAACAAGAAACAGGCUCAAGCCUUUACUCAUUACCCAGCUAAAAGUGGGAAAUAUCCAAUUUUAAAGUCUUGUGUUCAAUGCAAAUAAAGUCUUCCUUUGAAAGUUAAGGGAAGUUGGGAAAGUUCUGUGCAUUUGUAACAGGAGAAGAGGAACUUGUUUGUUCAUUAUUUUGCUCUGAAAAGUCAACAUCCAUGCUGCAAAAAGUAUUUGUAGGAUAGUAAACACAAUAGACUCCAUUUAACUUGAAAGUUAUGCUUAUAUAUUUGUCCUUGGACGUAAUCUGUUCCCUGAGCUUGGCUCUGAGAACAGUGAUAGCUGUGGACAAAUAUGCCACCAAAUAAGGGUUGCUGUUUGGGUGUCUAUACCUAACCUAUCCACAGUAUUCAUGAUUGAAUUAAGUUUGUGGCUUAACAGAUCACCCUCACACAAGAUGCAAUGCGAUGAAACAAGUAUCAUAUCUGAAGGAGUGAUAUACCUUGUUACUUAGCUAUGUGUCAUCCACCAAUCAGGCUUUUCUGGGAGUAAAUGCGAUAUCUCCCUGUACCUCACUGGUACAGGGAGUUGGCAGAUUUUAUCGCUAAUGAAUAUGUACCAAUUGAAAUUGUAUUGUGACUUGAGCUGCUGUGUAUAUUUUACAAAAUAUACUGUAAGGUAUAUCAGAAGGAAUCUGGGUACAAUACAACUCAAAUAUUUUUACUAAUGUAGGAAAUUUAUAUUUCCAAAGUAUCACAAUUUGAAGUAUUUCCGUGUGCAGCUCGUGAGGUCAGAUAUUGUUGUCGAUGUUUUAAGAUGGUACCCAGACUAGCUACAAAUUCCUAUAGUUCUUCUAAUAAUUCGACUGAUAAUAUUGUAACUUAUCAAUGGUGACUGUUGUUUAGGAUUGAUAUUGAUGUAGUGUGUCUGUGCAUGAUGAAAAGAAGUACUCCAGAAGAAAACACUGCACUAUUUUCAGAACUUUUUUGGCUUCUUUCUCUAAGUUGCCCUUUCAAUAUGAUAUUGAAUAUUUGUCAACAUUUGUAUUGUUUUAUUAGUCAGUUUGAAUCAGAUACCUUGGGCAUUUCUUCAUUCCACUUUGUUUGCUACAUUGUAUGUGUAUUGCCUUAAGGUUUCUCUGAAAGAAACCUUUGAGUGCGUGUAUCAAUAUGUUACUCAAUAAGGAGCCCUUAUAUCUUUUCAUAUAUUUUGACCUUGAUGUGGUUUUGAUGGAAAACGUUGAGGAGGUACUUGAACUACACAAUACACUCGCUAAUGUGCCGCCUAGCUCUUGAAUAGGUUAAAAGUGAAUUUUGUUUAUUAGUAUGUUGAAAUAGAUAAGGGGAGGAGGGACUGAAAAUUUUUUUUCUCAACUAAAGUAAUUCUUGCUGAGGUUGAUCAGUGGUAGUAAUGAUUGAGAUGGGGCUGCAAAAAAGGGAAACUAUAAAUUUUGAAUAACAUUUGGUAAUGACCCUUUCAAGUAGCAGUUAACGUCUUUCACUGACAAGUGUUGUUACUGUAACAACUCUGGGUGACGAAGAAGUGAUAUUGAUAAUGAACUCUUGUGAAAUUAAUUUCCUUUGUACCUCUCACCAGUAUUGUGGCUCAAUACUGUUACUGCAAGUGACUUUAUCAACUUAAAAUUUUGUUUUAAAAAAAACUCUUAAAGUAUGCCACAUCAUGGCAUGUUUUUUUUUUAAAUAUGUUUUGAGUGUUGAAGACACAUUACAGCUUGUUUAUAUCUUUGGUUCAACAAUUACCAGUAUUCUUUUUCCUUAUGGUUUUGCAGGUGAUAAUAGUGUACAGCUCUGAUAUUUUAAUGAAAUUUAACAUGAGCCAAAGAGUUAACAAAUCAGUAAUCACUAGUGUUUCUUCUCUCAUAAUAUUUUCAUUUAUUACGAUACCCCAGUUUAUCUGUGGUUGUGACGGAGUCUCCAUAUCUCAGUGAUCAUUGGUAGAUUGCUACUGUAUUUUUUGUGGUUAUUAAAGUGCAUUUAAAUGAAGUGUGUUGAAAUCAGAACUGAAGUAACCACAAGAAACAGGAAAAACAAAAAAAUAUUAGUCUCAAAAACCCUAUGGGAAAUUAAAGAAGGAACUGUUGAAUGGGUGGUAAACUGCAACUGAUCAAGAAUUCAAUAAAAAGUCAGUCCAGAGGAAUCUCUGUAUUUUUUUGUGCAUAUUAGGCACACAGCAACUUCCAGUUGUAGCAUGUCUUAACAUGACAGAUUUAAAUGUUCCCCAAACAAUCCCAUCAGCACUUGUGUGUCACCUUUGCAUUCCCAGGGUAUCACUCUUUUCCAAAAAGGAAUAUUGGUUUUAGUUUGUCCUCUGAUUGGUUGAGAGGGUGGUUUCUAGACCAAUCAUGAAGUGAGUUAAAGCCAAAUGAAUGCAAUGUGGAUUACUUUUAACGUUAAAUUGAAACUAACUCAAUUACUAACUGUAAUGUGGUUUAACUCUCCACUAACCUUCUAUCUCUUAGAUGUUGUUCUGCUUGCUCAGUGCUUGUGGCAAAUGAAGCAAGCACCUCUCGUUGUAGCAACAGGGAGACUUGAUGGCUGCAUGGGUGGUGCCUGGGACUCUUGGCAAAGUUGUUUGAAGGCAGAUUAGCACUAACCCAGGGUUAAGUCUUGAUCUGGGUUCUUAUAUUAUAUUUCUUUCUUCAGAAGCCUUUUUCAGAUAAUUUCCUCUUACUAUUCUUUAUAGAGUGUCCAGGCAUCAAAUUGUGGACAAAACAAAUUUUACUAUAUUCUUUUUAAACUUAAAAUAUUCUUUUUAAACUUUUAGAUAUAAGGUUAGAUUUCACACUAACCCUAGGUUAUGUUAACCCUUGAACUCCCAUGAGUGACCAAGACAGAAUUUCUCUUCACAAUAUCGAUGCAAAAUCAAUACGACAAGUGAUGAGAACCAAGAAAAGUAUCAAUUAGGGGAUUAUUAGUUGAUCCGAUACUAAAUUCUCAGAUGUAACAUCAGAAGACUUGUAGAGCAGACAGUCAGGAGAAUUGCUAAUGAUAUCUUAGGAGUUAAAGGGUUAACCUAGCUUUGAACAACCUUGCCCAGGAGUUAAAGCUUCAGACUUAAUCCCUGGCUUGUUUAUCAUCUUUUGUUGUGUUUCAGGCAAGACACUUAACCCUGUAAGUCCCACUAGUGACCAAGACAGAAUUUAUCCUUACACUAUCACUACAAUAUCAAGCAGUCAAGUAAUGAGAAUAAAGAAAAAUAUCAAUUAGGGGAUUAUUGGUUGAUCCAAUUCCAAAUUCUCCAAACUAACAUCAGAUGAACUGUAUAACAGACAGUAAGGAGACUUGCUAAUGAAAUCUUGGGAGUUAAAGGGUUAACUCUUACAGUUUCUCUCUCCACCAAGGAGUAUAAAUGCAAUGAACUAGCAUCCUGUGUAAGAGGAGAAAAAGAUAUACUGCAUUAUGUUGUUCCGCAAAAAAUUGCACUCAUACAGUACUUCUCUUGAACCAGGAGUAUCAUUGUGUUCCAGCGUACUCUCAGGGAAACAUGAUGAAUUUCAUAGGAGAACCAGAGUUGUGGGAGGGGGGGGACUUGUGAUAGAUCAGCAUCCUGUUUAGAGAUGUAACUAUACUCCUAGUGGAUUCAGGCUAUUGAAACAGGUCAGUAGGCUUGUAAUACUUAAACUAUAGACCUUUUCAAACAAUGUGCCUUUUUUCACCAGGUAUGCUUUUGGUGACUCAAGAAAACCAUCAACAGAAUCAGCUCUUCUUAUUGAAGAAAUUGUCCAUUCACAGAUGGCUAGCUUGGUAUUUUCAUUUUUUAUUUUUCUUGCUGUUUUUCUUCUCUAUUGAACCUUCCUUUAUAAAAGGAGGCAAAAGGUUCAUAUCUUACAUAUAGUUUAAAAUAGUUUGAAGGGUGGUUAUGAAUAGGUUUUUAUUUAGUUUUUUUUGUUUAUGGCAAGGUUGAAGGUUAUAUAUAGAAGAUUUUGACUCUUAUUGCACAAAGUGCCUAUCCUGUUGUCCUUGACAUAGAAGUGACGUCAAGAAUUGCCUCCCUUUGUGAAUGGGGUGCUAGUUCAUUGCAUGUUGUGCCCUUCAGUAAUUCAUCAGGUUUCUCACCAAAAUUGGUAACAUCCAUUUUACUGACUAGAAAGAUGGACUGGUGUGAAUGAAGUGCCCUGUCUAAGAACACAAGAAACUGAUGCUUGUGAACAAUAAACCUUUUGAUGAGAAGUCCACUGCACUGACCCCUAGGCUGUUCUAUCUCCUAAGUAUUUUUUCACUCUCUCUGUUUCAAAGAAUUCUCUGGGUGGGAGAGAGAGUUACAGCUCCUUGAGCAUUUAAGAAGGGGUAUACUCUGAAGUUUUGAUACUGUAUGGCCAUUCACAUUCCAUACUAGCCUGAUCUUGACUAUGAAUACUUUAAAAAUGAUGUAUUGAUUAAAAAAUUGCUCUGAGUGUUGUAUGCCCUUAUUUUACAGGUUGUGCGGGCUGCAGAGGUCACAAAUAUGCGAGGGGGAAGGUUCAUGAGUGUGGAAGACAUUAUAUUUCUAAUGCGGAAGGACAAAGUAAGUGGAGGAGUGAUGAUGGAUGGCAUGGUUCUUUGGACACUACUUAACCUCACAGGCUGCACAUUCUUUGACUCAAUUCUUGCAAUCUUUUUGUUGUAUAAGAUAGGCAAAUAUUAUAGACUUUCAUCAGUUGAUUAAUAUAACUCAAUAGGAGAAUGAAGAGUUUCCUUAACAUGAGAACAGCAUCACAGUUUCAGCUCUCAUGAUGGGCUUAUAAUGCUCAGAUUGGAUUGAACUGAAUAGGACUCCUCCGUCCAAGAUCAACCCUGCUAUGUGUAGACAAGAACACUCUAUCAGAGCAUUUAUUUUUUUUGUUAAAAGGUAAUGUGGUAUUAUCAACUGAGUAUAUAAUGCAAAUUGGCCACUGUAAAGAGUUUCAAAGCUGAUGUUUCCAGCAUUAGCCCCUCAUCAGAGCAAAUGAUGAAUGGUUAACACUGAAAAUGUCAGCUUUGAAACUCUUUAUGGUAGCUAAUUUAAGUCAUCUACUCAGUUGAUAAUACCAAAUUACCUUGUUAUACUCCCAACCCAUGCAGUGCCACAGUUUCUUUGGAAACUUAUGCCCUUUAAUUAUUUUUGUAUAAGUUUGUUUGCCCUUAUAGAAAUUGUUAAUGUUUCUGCAGGAAAAACUCAAAAGACUAAUCAAGUACCUCAAUUUCAAAGACGUGAAAAGCAAAACCCAGAAACAAACUUCUCAAGAUGACGAUGAAGUCCUAGAAGCUGCAGGUGAAACAGUAUUGCAAUACAAAACCUUGAAAACUAUUAAGAAGGGAUAUCUGUUUUCUGCCUUUUUUUAAAACCUAGGGAGGAAGAAUUGUUGGUAAGAGUUUGUGCUGAUUAAGUGCUGUCAUUUUUUUGUUUUGCAGCAAGUGAAACCAAGGGUAGCAAAAAACGAAAGGUUUCAUAUGACUUUGUGAGCACGAUAGACCAAACUGGUAAGUGGAUUGUUGACAUUUGUGGCUGGGACCCCAUUUCCAUGAAAAUCUGCACAUGUGUGAGGCUAUAGCAGUGGGAGACAGUGGCUUAAUGGUCUGGACACUGAACUCACAGUUAACCCUUUCAAUCCCAAUAUUUCAACAGAGAUUCUCCUUACUGUCUGCCAUAUGAUUCUCAUAAAAUUAGUUUGGGGAAUUUGGAAUUGAAUCAGUUAGUAAUCCCCUGAUUGAUAUUUUGCUAUAUUCUCAUGACUUGUCUGCUUGAUAUUGUAUUGAUAUUGUGGGGAGAAAUUCUGUUGUGGUCACUUGUGGGAGUUAAAGGGUUUAGAGGUCCAGGUUCAGGACCUAGCCAGGUCAUUGUGUUUUGUUCUUUGAGGAAGACACUCAGCUUUCAUACUGUCUCUCUCUCUACUUAGGAAUAUAAAUGGGUACUGGCGUAUUGUCAGGGGAACCUGAUGAAAUGGUGGGGGGGGUAACCUUGGGAUGGACUGGCAUCCCAUUCAGGGGAGAGUAGUAGUACUUCUGGUCACUUCAUGCUACAUGGAAACUGGGAUAAGCUCCAGCUUGGAAGAUCAAUAGACUUGAGUACAGAUGUCACCUUCUUAUGAGACUAUAGCAGUAUUCUCCAGAAGCACCAAUAGCCAGUAUUUUUACUGGUUACUUGUUUUGAAGUGCUGACUACUUUGAAUAAACAGAGCAGCAAAAUACCUGUCUUGAUCUGAAAUAAACUUUGUACGUAACAGUUCUAUAUCACAGUCUUUUUUCCUCAUCAUACAAUCUUGAUAGUGUACAAUUUUUUUCAGGUGACCUUGUAGCUUUAUUUGAGGAUGAUGACAUUGAUGAACUGAAACAAGAGAGGAAUGAGGUAGUUAGAGGUGUUAUAUUUUUCCCUGCAUUUACAUUUACAUCUUUAAGCCAGAAGAUGCUUAUAACCUUAGCAUGGAAAGUUUGACUUUUUUUCUGUGGGCCUUCCCUUGCUUAACCCUUUGACCUCUAAGAGUGACUAGCAUUUAAUUUCUCCUUACGUUAUUAACUUUGAAUCACACAUGAAGGUCACAAGAAUAUAGGAAAUGAUCACCAACUUAAUGUUAGCACCUUAGGAAAUGUAUAGAGAACAGUAUGAAGAGUAUACAUACUGAUGUUAGGUUGUAAGGGUUAAAUUCCAGUUUCACUUGAUGUUUUGACUUUCAAUUGCAUUGAUGUUCAAAGUAAUGGAUUUAGAGACAACUUGUUCCUUCUAAUUUUCAGAGAGCUGAACGUUUAUCAAGAACUCUUGACCCUCAACAAUAUUUGGAGUUUACUGAGUGUCGACAGGCUAACUUCAGUGAGUAAAGUGUUUUGUUGCAUUUUCACAAGAAAGAGCUUCAUGUAUAGGUAUCAGAUACAUAUUUUCUUAUCCAAAUCAUGGUUAACAUGUGUCAAGCGUUGCUUCUAAAUCCUGAAGCAGUGCUUGAUAAAUCAUCUUCUGUGGGCAACAUACAUGUAUGUCAUCUAUUAAUUUUUGUUUCAUUACAUUUUACUUGACCAUUUUUUUCUCUUUUUGUGUGCAGAAGUUUAUAGCUAAUGUGAUUUUUCUUAAAGAUAAGAAAGCAGGAAAAUUCAAAGAGUGGCUGGACUGUGCAUCACUGAUUGAUAUGAAACCCAAUACACCAGUGAUGGAAGUAUUCAGCUUCCUUGCUUAUGAGACAGUGGGGCAGGUGGGUUCAAGAAGAGUCCAGUCUCGAUUUCCUUUGCAUGUAUACUGUCUUUGACAGUUUCACCAGAUAACAUUUGCAGUGGUAUGACACAACCAUAGGAGGUCUUGGUGUAUAUCUCAAGUAUAAAAAUUGUGGGAAUCACAUGAGAACCAGCCUGUCAUUUAAUGACAUUUGCUCUUACUGAGGGCCAGCGCUCGAAAUGUCAGCUUCAGAAACUCCUUAAGGUGACCAAUUUACAGUUUCAACUCAGUUAAUAAAACCAAACUGUCUGUAAUGACAGGGUAAUCAGUUUUAUCAACUGAGUUGAUAGCAUAAAUUAGUCACUGUAAAGAGUUACAAAGCUGAUUUAUUUAUUUAUUUAAUGAAUUCGUACAAGUACAAUUACAGGUGCAUAACAAUAGGACAUAAGCCCUGUAAAAAAAAAUAUCCUGGAAAGAAAUAUCCCGAAAAAAGAUCCCUUCCCUGAUCCGACUAAACCACAAUUCAAAUAAUCUAGAUCACAGAGAACAUUCUAAAGUAUACAAAUUAACAACUUAACUUAACUUAACAAGUACAGACAGAAGAAGUAUUUACACAGUGACACUUGGGACAAAUUAAGUGCUCUCUGAUACUGUGGGGAUUGAAAGUGCGGAUUUGAAAGAUAAAUUUUUGUUCUAGAGUUUUGUGGCUUUCUGAACUGCCUAGAUGUAGGGAAAGGUCGCAAACUGCCAUAUGUUGGCUAAAGUGAUUAGGGGAGAUUAAAGUGUCUAUCAAUUUGGAUGCAUCCUGGUCAUUUCUUUCUAUGAUGCAAAGGUGUUCUUGGAAUCAGUCACCUAGUCGUCUUCCUGUUAAUGACACUUGCACAACCAACCUGGCUCCCCCAGUUGGCCUUGUUCAUGUUGUUUGGACUUUCCUUGCCUAGGUUUAUUUUAACUCAGAUGAUGAAUGCCAACCCUUUUCUUUUUCCAAGUUAUAUGUAUGUUAAAGUUCCACUAGUACUCCAUAACGACAGGUUUCUUAUGUUGGUAGAUAGUUGACUUGGCAUUACUGGUAAAGAAAGAUUUGGAGGCCUGUGAUGUGUUGACUCAAGCUAUGCCACCUGUAUCUAUCCUAUCAGAGAGCCAAUCAUCCGUUGUCACACCUGGAAGUGCAACAUCUACCCCCUCUACUCCCAACCACACUCCACCUGGAACCCCCACCACGCCCACGACCCCUUUCCUUCCGAGUCCCACCCCAAGUGUAUCUAGUGCCAGUGGAAUUUCAUCAGCUCCACAAAGUGCAACUGUGCCAGCAAAACCUAAGAGCAAAAAAAGGAAAAUUAAAGUAAGUUUGGUGUAUAAUAUGCUGGUGUCAAUAACAUUGCUAAUUUUCAGUGUACUGUCCAUUUCAAGGCUUCACUAGGAUUUCUGGUCACAACUGCAUGUCAUAAUUGAGAAAAAAAUUGUUGAAACCCUUGAAUAGGAGACAGAAAUGUUGAACAGCAAGCUUCAAGGUUUGUUUAUCAUUGCCAAAGUGGCUUCCCAGGAAAGACAUUAGCCUGAAUAUAUAAAUAGCUGCUUUUUGUUUGUGCCCCAGAUUACACUAAUUUUUUUAAUAUAUAGGUGGAGAUACAGACUGAAAAAUAUUUCUUUCAAACUUUUCUCGCAUCUGUGGAUUUUUAGACCUUUAGCUAAAGGUCAGAGUAGCUAAUUUUGAAUGGUCUACCUUUGUUUUUUUGUUUUAAAAAGUGUUUGCAGUAGUGGUGUCACUUGUAUUUCAGGGAUCAGCUGCAAGCCUUUCAUACAGUAGUGAUGAUUGUAUUCAACCUCAACACAUUAGAGAAGCUAUUAGGAGAUAUAAUCAUUACAUUGGACCCAUGGCUCCUUUCUCUGUAAGUUUGAAUUGUUGCCAGGAUUGUUGUUGCCUGAAAUAGUAAGUUUAAAAAGAGACAAUGGUUAUGAAUAUCACACAUUUCCUUGUUAGAGAUCUAUUGGACUUGACCAUGUAAAAUGUUAAUAGUGUUACAAUCAUGUUGAACUAAUAUACUAAUAAUUGAAUAUACUUUGGAUUUAUUCAACUACAAUUUGAGAAAAAUAAAGAAAAUAUUUAGAAAAAAAUAGAAAACCAUAAUGUGCAUCCUUUGGAAGCAACUAACCCAAAUUUCACUGCUAACAUUUUCAUUUUUGUCAUCUUCCAUCCUUCAUAACCAUCCUACUCUUCUAUGGUCUAGCUACCUGUCAAGAAAAGGCUUCUGCAGCUUUCUGAUAGUUAUAUGUAUUUAAAACUUUUUUCCUCAGUCACACGCAAAGCCAUCACCUGGCUACAGAACAUUGUGCUGCUAG